CAUCGAGUACGGUAGGAAAACGUCGUGUGUGUGUGGACCACACUGUCAACAAUAUAAUAUUGGGGCCACCGAAUGCCGGCAAAAAAAAACAAUUUUACUACUCCCUUAGGACUUAUAUAGAGAUAUAUUUUUAUUUUAUUUUAAAAGUUUCGGUUCAAGGAUAUUUCAUUCGGGUUGUUUUGGAGAGCACCACCCUGACAGUCACCAAUGGCAGUUGCAGUGCCCAAACUCUCCAGUGGUGCUGUUGUCAAAAUCCGCUACAACAGCAUAGAUGUGGGCACCACUCGAUGGAAGGAGGGGACCUUUGAGGUUCUUGAGAAGGAUAACAAAGUCAACCUGUGCCUGAAGUUUAGUGCCGGUGGUGCAGCCAAAAAUUUCCAGCUCAACCAUAAUGUGAAUAAUGUCGUGAUGCAGCCCAUACACACUAUGAGACGAAUUGUGGUGACUCUGAAAGAUGACAGCAUAGUCACCCUUGAGAGAGUUCCCCCUGUUGUGGCUGAGAAAAUGAAAGAAUACCUUGAAAAGCUGAAGCAUGGAAAAUCAACCGUUCUAAAGACCUCCCAGGGAAGUGCCAGCUUUGGUGUGCUCGGGAAUCGAUCCGUAAAGAAUGAGACCAGUCCGCAUGGAGAAAGACAGACAACACCCAGACGACCCAUUGUGGACAACAGGGAGGAGACGACGACCCGCAAGCCCCUGGGUAGCCCCAGCAGAGUGACCUCCACACCUGCCCGCAGUGGGCUGUCUGAGAACAGGAAUGAGAAGAGGAAGAGACUCCAUAUCUUUGACUGUGACCUGACUGAGGACUACCCCAAGGAGAAUGACUCAUCCAGCAACAACAAGGCCACGUCGGACCCCUCCAGGAAAUUUCUGCUGAGCUGCAAAGACAAGCUGAAACAGGCGGAGGAGAACCGUAGCUCAGUUUCACUGGUCCAGGCACCACUUCAGCCCACGUCAUUCUACGGCAGCCGAUCGACCAAAGACUACUCUGCGAGUCAAUCCUUUCUAGACAGGCCAUCCACUACAUCCCAGACCACCUCGGCUAAGAGAAGUCUCAUGUUACCCAAUCACUCAACCCCCUUAAAGAAAGUGCGCCCCACUCUGGACUACGGUGGCUGGAACAAACCGAGACCGUCCACUCUGGCCCAGCCCCAGCCUCCACUGCAAGGAUUCUCCAACCUGGGCAACACGUGUUACAUGAACGCCAUCCUCCAGUCUCUUUUCAGCCUGCCAUCAUUCUCCAAUGAUCUGCUGAAGCAGGGAAUCCCAUGGAAGAAGGUCCCAUUCAACGCCCUGCUCAGACGCUUUGCCCACUUGCUGGCCAAGAAGGACAUCUCGUGCCCCGAGGUGAAGAAAGACCUGCUGAGGAGAGUGAAGAGUGCCAUCUCCUCUACCGCCGAGCGCUUCUCCGGAUACAUGCAGAACGAUGCCCAUGAGUUUCUGAGCCAGUGCCUGGACCAGCUGAAGGAGGACGUGGAGAAAAUGAACAAGAGCUGGAAAAGCGAGUCUGCAGCGGCCGCGUGGGAUGAGCCUCCCCAGCAGGCGGCCGCAGCCCGGCCCGGGGAGGAAGCGGACACCUCGCGCAUCUACACCUGUCCUGUGGUGGUUAACAUGGAGUUUGAGGUGCAGCACACCAUCACCUGCAAAGACUGUGGCGAGGUGGUGACCAAGCGGGAGCAGUUCAACGACCUGUCCAUUGACCUGCCUCGCAGGAAGAAGACCAUCCCUCUCCGGUCCAUCCAGGACUCUCUGGACCUCUUCUUCAGGAUCGAGGAAAUAGAGUAUUCGUGUGAGAAGUGCAGCGGGAAAGUGGCGACGGUGACUCAUAAAUUCAGCCGACUCCCCAGAGUUCUAAUUCUGCACCUGAAGCGCUACAGCUUCAACGCCCAGCUGUCACUGAACAGUAAGCUAGGCCAGCAGGUGAUGAUCCCCCGCUACCUCACGCUGCUGUCCCACUGCACGGACGACACUCGCCCCCCACUCAGUCUGGGCUGGAGCGCAAACGUCGCCAUGUCACGAACACUGAAGGCCUCCCAGUCGGUGAACUCCUCCUCACUACUUCGGAAAUUGUCUCUGAAGGCGGGGGGCAGCUCCAGCACUAUCCUGGUGGACUCUGACAGCGAGGAGGAGCUGAGCCGGAAGGUGGUGAGCCGCAAGCGCCGCCUCAGCGACUGUCUGCCCGAUGACAGAGCAGAUGAGGUCCAGCGAGGCGUCCACCAGACAGACGCGUCAGACUUCAACAGCAUCAACGAUGAGGAAAUGCUGGCGGCGGUGCUGGAGAUGAGUCGCCAGGACGCUGGGCUCUCCUGCCACGCCCCUGAGGACGAGCCAACCAGCAGCCCUGACACGGGCUUCGGCGACACCGUCGUCCAGGAGAUGAACUACCGCCCAGACCUGCUGGAGACGGACACUAAGCCGUCUGCAGACGUGCUGGACUCCCUGGACCUGACCAUGGAUGAGAACAAGGAGAACCAGACCCCCGAGGGGGUGCAGGGGGAUCUGGACUGGGUGCAGCAGUAUGGCUUGGAGCAGGAGAGGGAGGAGCAGGAGCUGCAGCAAGCCCUGGCCCAGAGCCUGCAGGAGCAUGAAGCCCAAGAGAUGAGGGAGGACGACGACCUCAAGAGAGCCACAGAGCUCAGCCUGCAAGAGUUCAACAAUUCGUUGCCGGAGCUGCUGUGUUCAGACGAGGACUCUGGAAACGAGGAGGUGCUGGAUAUGGAGUACAGCGACGCAGAGACCGAAGAUCUGAAAAGAAAUGCUGAGAGCGGAGACUUGGCCAACUCGUUCCGGCUGAUCAGUGUAGUCAGUCACAUCGGGAGCAGCUCCUCCUCUGGCCAUUACAUCAGCGACGUGUACGACAUGAAGAAGCAGUCGUGGCUGACCUAUAACGACCUGGAUGUGUCGCGCACGCAAGAGGCCACGGUGCAGAGAGACCGUGACCGCAGUGGAUACAUCUUUUUCUACAUGCACAAGGAUGUGUUUGAGGAGCUGUCUGAGCUAGAAAGGACAGGGGCCGGUGGAGGAGCCUCUGAGGCAGGGAGGACUGUCCUGCAGCCCCUCUGAGCCACCAGUCUGUCAUCAGUCACACCAACCAACACACUGAGCUCUCCCCAACAGAUGGGUCGGUUUGGGAUGAAGGAGAACCUUUCUCCAGUACUACUGAUCACAUCCACAUUUUUCUGUCUUCAGGCACUUUGUGCUUUUUUAAAACAAAACAACAGGCUAUGGUAGCUUCUGUCGUGAAGGCAGGCUCAGACGUCAGCACACACAGCCAACGUCCUUCUCGCCAGGACUGUUCAGAAAUGAGAGACUGUGCUCUCAAAAGAAAGAAAAGAGACUGUUCUUUCUUUAUUAAACACUGAGAGAAAUUAGCCCUGAACUUUUCAGGCUUCUUUAUUUAAUUUUCUAUGAUUUGUUGUUGUAAUAUAGUGUUUCUUGGCACACAUGAUAUUAACUGUCAUGCAUUUAAGAAAUUAAAUAGUAUGUGUCAGAUGCUUGAUGUUGGUGCUCCUUGGAUUGUAUGGUUUUUACUUUUCAUUUCCAAUAUAAUUUAAAUGUAUUCUAAAAUAUAUAGUUUAGGGUAAGGAGGGUGUACUUUUUUUAUAAUAAUAAUAAUAUAUCCCAUUUAGCAGACGCUUUUGUCCAAAGCGACUUACAAGUCGGCUGGGGCCACUACUUUUACAUAUGGGUGGCCCCAGCGGGAAUCGAACCCACGACGCUUGGCGUUGCAAGCGCCAUGCUCUACCGACUAUACAGUGCAUUUGGAAAGUAUUCAGACACCUGGAUUUCUUCCACAUUUUGUUAUGUUACAGCCUUAUUCUAUAAUGAAUUAAAUUGUUUUUUUCCCUCAUCACUCUACACACAAUAACCAUAUUGACCAGCAAAAUCAGGAUUUUAGACAUGUAAAAUCGGGUUCACUUCCGGGCUCCGGCUGGGCCACUCAAGGACAUUCAGAGACUUGUCCUGAAGCCACUCCUGCAUUGUCUUGGCUGUGUGCUUAGGAUCGUUUUCCGGUUGGAAGGUGAACCUUCGCCUGAGGUCCUGAGCACUCGGGAGCAGGUUUUCAUCAAGGAUCUCUCUCUACUUUGCACCGUUCAUCUUUCCCUCUAUCUUGACGAGUCUCCCAGUCCCUGUAGCUGAAAAACAUCCCCACAGCAUGAUGCUGCCACCACCAUGCUUCACUGUAGGGAUAGUACCAGUUUUCCUCUAGAUGUCAGGCUUGACAUUCAGGUCAAAGAGUUCAAUCUUGGUUUCAUCAGACCAGAGAAUUUUGUUUCUCAUGGUCUGAGUCCUUUAGAUGCCUUUUGGCAAACUCCAAGCGGGCUGUCAUAUGCUUUUUACUGAGGAGUGGCUUCCGUCUGGUCACUCUACCAUAAAGGCCUGAUUGGUAUGCUGCAGAGAUGGUUGUCCUUCUGGAAGGUUCUCAUCUCUACAGAGGAACUCUGGAGCUCUGUCAGAGUGACCAUCGAGUUCUUGAUCAUCUCUCUGACCAAGGCCCUUCUCCCCCAAAUGCUCAGUUUAUCUGGGCGGCCAGCUCUAGGAAGAAUCCUGGUGCUUCCAUACUUCAGGCAUUUAAGAAUGGAUGGAGGCCACUGUUCUUGGGAACCUUCAAUGCUGCAGAAAUGUUUUGGUACACUUCCCCCAGAUCUGUGCCUCGACACAAUCCUUCAACCUCAUGGCUUGGUUUUUGCUCUGACAUGGACUGUCAACUGUGGGACCUUGUAUGGACGUGUGCUUUUCCAAAUCAUGUCCAAUCAAUUGAAUUUACCAUAGGUGGACUCCAACUGGUAUCAACAUAAAGGAUGAUCAAUGAAAACAGGAUGUACAUGAGCUCAAUUUUGGGUCUCAUAGCAAAGGGUUCUGAAUGCUUAUGUUAAAUGGGAUAGUUCAUUUUCACACCACAAAUCUAAACCCGCUUUUGCUUUCUCAUUAUGGGGUAUUGUGUAGAUUGAGGAUUUGUAUUUAUUUCAUCCAUUUUAGAAUAAGGCUGUAACAAAAUGUGGGGAAGGGGUCUGAAUACUUUCCAAAUGCACUGUAUGCUGCGAAAUGUGGCGUAAUAUUUAUUUUGUGGCAUGGAUUUGCCAAUUCUGCUUGUAUUUGUUUCAAGUCUGUUCAUUUGAGUUGGGUGAUAAAGGAAGUUUGCAAUUUCUUUCAAUGAUUUACUUAUGGACUGUUUGUUGCUGUUUUAUUCAUGUUUUAUAAAUCUUAAGCUAAA